AUGUCAGAAGUCGACAAAUGGAUUGAAAUUGCCAAACAAUGUAAAUAUCUGCCGGAAAAUGAUCUUAAGAAAUUAUGUGAUUUGGUUUGUGACAUUUUAAUAGAAGAAUCUAAUAUACAACCGGUUUCUACACCUGUAACAGUAUGUGGAGAUAUUCACGGGCAGUUUUAUGAUUUAGAAGAGCUUUUUAGAAAUGGUGGAGCUGUACCUGAUACUAGUUAUAUUUUUAUGGGUGAUUUUGUCGAUAGAGGAUAUUAUGGAUUAGAAACAUUUACAAGACUGCUUACUUUAAAAGCAAAAUGGUCUGAAAAAAUAACAUUGCUUAGGGGUAAUCACGAGUCGAGGCAAAUAACUCAAGUGUAUGGAUUUUAUGAUGAAUGUCAAAGUAAAUAUGGUAAUGCCAAUGCUUGGAAAUACUGUUGCAAAGUUUUCGACUUUUUAACUGUCGCUGCUCUUAUCGAUGAGCAAGUUCUUUGUGUGCAUGGAGGAUUAUCACCUGAGAUUCAAACCCUCGAUCAAAUUAGAACAAUUGAAAGAAACCAAGAAAUUCCUCAAAAGGGUGCUUUUUGUGAUUUAGUAUGGUCAGAUCCGGAUGAAAUUGAAUCUUGGGCAAUGAGUCCCAGAGGUGCUGGUCAUUUAUUCGGUCCAACUGUUACAUACAAUUUUAUGCAUGUAAAUAGUUUAUCUCUGAUAUGCAGAGCCCAUCAGUUAGUUCACGAAGGUUUUAAAUACAUGUUUGAUGAUAAACUAGUUACAGUGUGGUCAGCUCCUAAUUAUUGUUAUCGAUGUGGCAACAUUGCAUCAAUCCUCGAAUUUAAAGAUGUCAACACAAAAGAGCCAAAAUUAUUUCAAGCCGUGCCUGAUUCAGAUCGUGUAAUUCCUCCCGUAGCUAUGAUACCUUACUUUUUGUGA